AUGGCCUCUUCUCAUUCAGCUCCGAUUGCACUCCGCUUCGGUGCGGAACUCGAGGUCGUAACUGGUAGCAGAGCCAACGCACACAUGGAAUGGUAUCUAACUGCCAACGAGCUCAGUAAAGAACUUAGGAGUGUUCAAGUAAAGAACCAUGUAAACACUGAUCACAACAAAGAUGCAGAAGACUAUUCAGAAUGGUCUAUCAUCCAGGAAGUCACAAUCACGAACCAGAUGAUGCAAAAUAAAUGGGGUAUGGAGCUGGUUUCCCCAAUUCUGGACUUUCAAGAUCAGCGCACAUGGCAUUGGCACAUGGAUGCAGUGUGGUGGGUGUUGUCUGCGAAGUUCAGCACCUCGUCCACUCCCCAAUGCAGUACGCAUGUUCACAUUUCGCCAACUCAAGGGAGCUGGACCCUUGCACAAGUUAAGAGAGUUGCCAAGGCAGUGCUCUACUACGAGAGGUCUAUCGACACACUUCUGCCACAGGAACGCCGCCAAAAUAUCUGGGCUCAGAGCAAUCGCCACAACACCGUCACAAAGCCCCAGAAUAUGGUCACGCUAUUCUCGUGGAUAGAUGGAGCAAGGGAUAUCCCUUACAUUGCUCUCAUCAUGUGCGCUUUCUCGAAGGAUUCUCAAUAUGGGCGAGACGUGGGCAAAACCCAAGACUUCGUACACAACGUUUUCCGAUGGAACUUUAUGCCGCUCACAAAAGGCUCGAUGGGAACUAUUGAGUUUCGCCAACCACCUGGAUCUUCUAACGCCGCCGAUACCAAGCUUUGGAUUACGUUUGCCGCCUCGUUCAUCCAAGGGGCAGUCUUGUUUGGGGACGGUCUGAACGGAAACCAGCCACCGACUCUAGAGGGCUUUAGAGGCUUUUUGAUCAAUGGUGCGAUUCAGUCCGGGGUCACCGACUAUAGUGCCCUCAACCAGCUUUUUGAAGGCAAGGCUCAGCUUCCUCCAGGAGCGUACAACUUGGAGGAGCUCUCCCCACAAGACCUUGCAAACUUGAAAGCCAAGGCUACCCAAAGCAACAUUACAGUCGAGAAGUUCAAGAAGCUCUAUGGUUACAGGUAG